GUGUGUGGUUCGCGACUCAGUGCAAAUCGGAAGAAUUUCGCCGCGAGUGAAGUGAACAAACGCAGCGAUCAGGACGGAGCAACGUCGGACGAGAGAUUUAUUGCCACACCCGGAGCGAGCAACCUACCUGGACGCACCCGCUCGUAAGCACCACUGGCGGAACACCAGUUGGUUCGAGGACCUUACCACUAUAGAAGAACAAGAUAGAGUUAUAGAAGCCACACACGGCAGAGCCCACCGAGGAAUAGAAGAAAACCAAUCAGCAAUUGCGAGAAAUUUCUACUUCCCUCGAAUGAGAGACAGGAUACAGAAAUUUAUCAACUUUUGUGUCACCUGUCUUGAAUAAAUUCAAGGACUUCUCCAAAGACUGAAUGUUGAAUCAUAUUUUACACCUUCUGGACAUAGUGAGGUGAAUGGUAUCGUAGAACGAUUUCAUUCAACUCUUACCGAAAUCUUUUUAUGCAUGAAACAAAAAUAUACCGAUAUGUCAGCAAAAGAUUUGUACAAAAUAGCAACUGCAUUAUACAAUAGCACGAUUCAUUCAGCAACAAAGUUGAAACCAAUCGAGAUCUUUUUUGGUAUCAAAGAUGGCGAUGAACGCCCAUUGAACAUAGAUAGAAUCUUAGAAAACAGAAAUCAAAUUUUCGACGAAGUCAUAAAUAAAAUUCAACAAUAUCAAGAAAAAACAAGAGAAAGACACAAUUUAAAAAGAGAGGAAGAACCUGUCCUAAACGAAAAUGAAAUAGUUUACCAAAAAGCACAAGGCAUAAAAUCUAAACGAAAACCAAAAUAUAGAAAACAAAAGGUCAAGCGAAAUUAUAGGAAAACAUUCACAGACUAUAGAAACAUUAAAAUUCAUAAAAGUAAAAUUAAAAGAAGAAGAAAACGUUAGUUGAUUAUUUUUCAAUAGAGAGAGAAUGUAAGGUCCAAGUAGGAAUAAUCAAGAUCAUCCAUCCAAUUAAUUUAACUACAAUCGAAAAUACGAUUGAUACAUUAAGUAGUACUUCAUAUCAAAGAUUAACCAAUACAAAUCCACUUGCAAACAUCAUCAAGUACAAAGUUCAGCAACUGUACACAACGUUCUACGGAUUGAAAUCCAGAAAACCUCGAAACAGACGUUGGGACAUCAUUGGCACAGUAUUCAAAUUCAUCGCAGGAACACCUGAUGCAGAGGAUCUGAGAAUAAUUAAUUGUACAAUGAACGAACUGAUCAACCAAAACAAUGAACAGCUCAAGAUUAAUUUUCAAAUAAGCGAAAGAGUUUCACAAAUUACCAACACUAUCAAUAAAAUCGAGGAGAAUUCUUUCACAAACAAACUUAUAUUGGACGAAAUUGAAACGAUAACAACAAUAUUAAACAUCGAUAACAUCAACCAUCUUCUUGACAGCAUCCAGGAUGCAGUAACUUUAUCAAAAAGCUCGCUUGUUAGCAACAAAAUACUAUCUUUGAGAGAAAUAAACGCUAUAAGGACACUGUUGCAAGAUCAAGGCGUCGCAGUAAAUUUUCCGGAUGAGGCUCUACAAUUUGUAAUCCCGAAAUUGGCGCUGAGAGACGAUAUACCUUUAUAUAUACUUAAUGUUCCCCAGCUGGAAAAUACAACAUCAGACAUCAUUAGAAUUUACCCAUUGGUAAACAACAACCGUAUCUUACACCAGAAUCCAACCUACAUAAUUAAAAGGAACAACAAUCUUUACACAACAACAAAACCCGAAGAUUUUGUCCAGAAAUCAUCAUUCCUGAACGAGUUACGCGAUGAAUGCGUAGCUUCGUUGAUUCACGGAAGACAGGCUACAUGUAGCUAUGUAAUGCAAAACAAGACGACCCAGAAACUUAUCACGGAAAAUUCGAUCCUGAUUUCUAACGCAAAAAACCAAAUCCUACAAACGACAUGUGGACCAGAUAAUAGAACCCUGAAUGGAAACUUCCUCAUUUCAUUUGGAAACUGCACGAUAUUGUUUAACAAUCAACGUUUCAAGAAUGCCGAGAUAAUAAGCGAAGCAAACGUCAUCCAAAGAGCGUUUCACAAUCUCAAAAUCAACUGGAAACACCAUAAAAACUACGAAUUAGAAAAAAUCAACAAUGAAACUAUCAGCAACAGAAAUAAACUGGAGCAUGUUUACCUCAAGCAAGUUCACAUUAAUUUUAAACUCUGGAGUCUUUUCGGCGGAUUUUCUCUCAUGCAAAUUACAUGCCUCAUUGUGAUCAGUUUCAUUCUUUACAACAAGUUGUCGCCCACAAGAACUUAUUCAGAAGCAUCAGAUAUCGAAACGGGACGUUCCUCACUCGAAGGGGGAGUAGUUAACUACGAGACCAACCUUAACCCCCGAAGUGUCAACCCUGGGAUGAACACGACUCCAAAUUUACCUGAAGAUAAGCAGUGCCCGCUCGAACAACUCAGAGCCCUACAACAGAUACAACAACAACAAGCAGUUGCUCUCGAACUUUUAGAAAAUAAGGAAACGAUCCUAAAUAAACAAUGACAAUGUUUGCCACACCGUAGUUAGACAGUAAAGAUAAGCAACGAACAAUAAGGACCGAAAUAGCAAUAAACGAUUUAGAUCAUUAGCAGUAUCUCACAUUCAGGGAAAACACAACACAAUGCCGAUAAUAGCAGCAAUAAAAAAGAUCGAAGGAUCGA